AUGUUGCGAACAUAUCUGCAAGCGAGCCAGAAGCUAAGAGUGCCGCUGACGCGCGCAUACGCCAUCAAAGAUUCUCAUUCUCAUCAAAAGCCGUCUUCGCAAGGUCACGCCACAAGUAAGGAUGACAAGGAUCACAAUAUCCAGUCCAAGGCAGUAAAAGAAGGUAUGGAGGAGAGAAAGAAUGCAGGACCACCAAAGGGGGAGAAGAAAGAGACGCAUUCCAAGGCUCCAGGCCCCGUGAUUGGCAUGCAAGAUGAAAGGGGAGGCAAAAACGAGUAG